CAUUACUCCGUACAGCACAGCCAGGCUCUGUCGUGUCUACCUCACCCGGACUGACACUUGACCGCUUCUCUGUCGUGUUCCGGGUUGCUUAUGUACAAUUACCUAGCCUGCUGCCGGGCAGUCUCGCAUACGGAUAAUCUUGUGAUGACGUCGCCUGGCGGCCUCCAUCCGGUAUAUGGGCCAUGGGAUGGUGGGGAGGAUCAGAAUGGGCGGGCAUAUGGAGGUGACUGCAAGAGACACACGACUGUUUCCCACUUCCAAGGUAUGAGAAGUGUCACGUUCCGAUACCUACACCACUGUAGACCGACAUCCAGCUGCCGCUCAAGAUCAGGGCAGGUGCAAGUCUGCACGGCUUCGACACGACGAAAAUGGGAUGUCGCAUCUGUUAUUGAAGGCAAAAUAAUGUACAUUAAAUUCAUCCUCUCGACUACCCCUCUUAACAGAGGAUUGAGGACUGCCACAUCUAAAUGGUGGAAAGGUGAGCUACGGCGUGUAUCUCAGCCCGCCCUCACCCCGCCAACUCUACCCCAGAUUGUUGGGGUUGGUGAUCGAUCGAGCCCCAUGAAAUUCCAAAAACUCAAAAUGAAUCACCACCCACCAUCCCUUCCCCCACACAGUUAUGCAGCCCAAGCAAAUGCGGAGGAUGUUCCGGGGCUGCCGUUGCCCUGCAGCACACUGUUACACCGAUAUACGCCAGAGCGCGGGGGUUGCACAAGCAAAGCACUCACACAUGCGCACACACACACACACACAUAUCACCACCAGCCUGUGAGCUGGCUGCAAUUAUCCAAGAAAUCCUGUCUGACGUCGCCAAUCUGCAUCUGCCAAAAGGCUCAGCAAGCCAAGACAAAGGGCGGCACGCGGAAGCGGGGAGAGGUACGGAGUACAAAGAAAGAUCGUCCUAUCAUCAGCCAGUUCAAAUCCCCUCUGCAUCCUCGGCUGCACCAUCAGCUAUGAUGAGGCUGACUCACCUGAUGUACGGUGAACCUGCCUUUCCGUUCGAAUCGGGAGAAACAGAGCAACGGCUGGCUCCGCCCUGCUACCACUAAUGUACUUCUACAGAACGAGCUGUUAAAAGCAGGUAGUUGAGAGGAUAACUUUACAUAGAUAAUUUUCUGGCUGCACUAACAGACUGAAUGGAGGGGUACUUGCGGGCAUGUUGGCCGCAAAGGGAUGCACUGCUCCUUCCCAGACUUGGACUUGCUGAGACUUCCUUCAAAUCAAAGAGGCUA